AUGAAAUCAGUGAGAGAGAGAUCGAGACCAGGCCAAGGACCGAGGGAGCUUGCAGGCGGCAGGUUGCUGCUGCUGCUGACGGCGGCGGAUGAUAAAAAUCGGAGAGGAGACCGGGACCAAACCUUCGACUGGCUUGCAAGCGGCGGAUUGCUUCAGUCGGCGACCUCACCGGAAAUCAAGCACGGAGAAAGUCAUCUGCCUGAGCUUGAGACUCUGCCGGCGUAUCCAAUCUUCGUCGACUAG